ACAUCAAAUAUCUCACUGAAGAACAUCCAGCAGCCACUCAAAUCGACCGGAGGCUUUUCAAGCCACAUACAAAAUAAUGUCGGACCCAACGUUCGACUCCAAAACCGCAGCGUUCUUGGAGUGGUUCAAGUCCUGGCCGGGUGCAACUUUUCACUCGGAUAUCACGAUUGAGGAUCUCCGCAAGACGGGAGCCGGAAGAGGAAUCGUUGCUACCGCGGACAUCCCUGAGGACACAGUGCUGUUUAAUAUUCCCAGGACAUCAAUCAUUAACACGCAGACUUCCGAUCUCCCUAAACGCAUACCCCAAGUCUUCGAGACGACAGGCUUGGAGGAUGCCGACAAUGAGGCAGACGAGGAUGGGAGUGAGACUAGCGGGCCUCCCGAUAACUGGAUCUCACUUAUUCUUAUCAUGAUUUACGAGUACCUCCAGGGAGAUAAGUCACGAUGGAAGCCUUACUUCGACGUGCUUCCCACUCAAUUUGAGACGUUGAUGUAUUGGUCGGAGCAGGAUCUCCAGGAAUUGCAGGCCAGCGCGGUGGUCGGCAAGAUUGGUAAGAACGAGGCCGACGAGAUGUUUCGUACUAGAGUGCUGCCUGUGAUAGAGGAACAUGCAGAUGUCUUCUAUCCAGAUGGAUCACAAAGGCUUAGUGAACAGCAACUCUUGAACCUCAGCCACCAAAUGGGCAGUACUAUCAUGAGUUACGCGUUUGAUUUGGAGAAUGAUGACGAGGAAAAUGACCCGGAAAACGACGACGAGUGGGUGGAGGAUAAGGAGGGCUCCCUUAUGAUGGGUAUGGUCCCGAUGGCGGAUAUUCUGAAUGCUGACGCUGAAUUCAACGCUCAUGUUAAUCAUGGCGAAGACAGUUUAUCUGUCACGACACUCCGGCCAAUUCCGGCUGGCACAGAAAUACUUAAUUACUACGGACCUCUCGGCAAUGGGGAGUUGCUCAGACGCUACGGGUAUGUAACAAGUCGCCAUGCUCGGUAUGAUGUUGCGGAGAUAUCCUGGGACUUGAUAUUAUCUGUAUUAAAAGAUACCAUCAAAGUGGACGAAGCGAUCUGGGGUAAAGCGGUCAAUGAGCUCGACUUGGAAGAGAUUGAAGAUGCUUUUGUUAUUGAACGAGAUUCAGGGGAGCCGGAUUCUACAGGCCAGCUUCGCGAAGAAGCCCCUCUUAAGGAAAUCCCCGCGGAUCUAACGGAACAACUCCACGCGAUACUUAAGGCGAUCAGGAAGGUCAGCCCAACGACAAUCCCAAACAAAGACACGCGAGAUGAGAUCGCAUUAGUAGCCAUGCAUCGCGCCCUCGAGUUAAGAUUAGCCCAAUACCCGACAAGCCAGGCCUUCGACUUCAACUUAUUGUCCAAUGAUAAGGUUUUCGGUCGGCAGAAGAUGGCCUUGGCUGUGCGAUGGGGCGAGAAAGCGCUGCUGCAAGAAGCGAUCAACUUUGUGCUGGAGAAGCUGUCAAAGGUCAAGUCAAAAACCGAUCACGAAAGUGAACCAUACGCGAAAAGACAAAGGACGAGAUGAAGUCGUGAUCAUACCAUCUACACGAAUCUAAUGCAGGUCGGGAUUGUGGUUUCCGCCGUGUUCUUCCGAACUAUGGUUCACCACGUGGUGUGCCAGCCUGAUGGCCUGACAUCUGGCACAGCGUGCCAAUUAAUUAGGUGGUGCAGGUAGCGUCGAUAUUUCACCCCCAAAUUGAUAUACUGUGGUUGCGAGUCGCAGUUGGGGCGUCGAUCACAACUGGUAUUUUCCGACGGACCUAUCACGUUUUCUAGCCGUGCGAUUUUAAAGAUGGGCGGAUGUGUGAAGAUGCAAGGACUAGGAUUGAAAAUAAGGUGCAGCUCAGAAAUAGACAGUUUUAGCUUAGAUGUUAAAUUUAGGCCUCGCGGCAAUCACACUUCUAGUUCCUGAGGCUGCAUGCCAAA